AUCACAGCGAAGAUUUUGCCACAGUUCUACCAUCAAUGCGAUCUUGAAGACCUAGUCCUUAUGGUCUCCACAGUAAUUGAAGAGGCCAUCAGCGAGAACGACGAGAACAGUGUGCCACUCCUGUCAAAGGGGCUCACGCCCUUUCAUUCUCUUUUGAAGCCGUCUAUCACUGUGAGAGACUACCUUUCUCGAAUUACCAAACACGCGGCUCUAACGCCUGCAAUGUUGCUGUCCAUGAUGUACUACAUCGAUCGCCUGAGCAGCAUAUUCCCUGCUUUUCUGAUUAACUCCUUCACCGCCCAUAGAUUCCUGAUCACAGCGGCAACGGUGGCGUGCAAGGGAUUAUCAGACUCCUUUCUUCGUACUGUAGCCUAUGCUCGGAUCGGAGGCGUGAAAGCUUCUGAGCUCCGGCGUCUUGUGCGUUUGUUUCUAUAUUAUUUGGAUUGGGGAAUCGUACCGCAUCCAGAGACGUUAGUCGCUUACUACCGAGGGUUAGUUACACGCUCUGAUGGCUAUAUUUUCGAGCCA